CAAAAUUCAAUAGCAAUUUAUUUGGCUUUUAUUAUGACUGACUUCGGACAGAGCAAAUUAACAGAUAAAUGCGUGGAUUCAUUGGAAAUAUUGCUAACAAAUCAUCAUUAUUUGCCAUUUAUUCACUUAUUAUAUACAUUAAUACCAUAUCAUCUAAAACAAUAUGAAAUAUUGUUAUCUAAUUCAAAACUUUUGAAUUUAUUGAGUCAAUUAUUUGCUAAUUACAGUAAAGAAACGAUUUCUCUGAUUUACCACCAAAUCUCAAGAUUUUCUAAUCAAGAGAACAAAUUAAAACUUAUUAUUUGUUGGACUGAACUGUUGUUUAAAGUGAUUAUCACAAUAGCAAAAGCAAAUUCUAAUUCUUGGUUUAAUUCUUGUGCUAAAAAGUUUCAACAAUUUGGAUAUAUCUUUGAAAAGAUUGCAAUUAUUUUAUAUAUGGAUAACGAGUUAUUGGGUUUAUAUUUGAAAUAUUUAAGUGAAUAUCAAUUUGACAAUCAAUUCUUGAAAAUACAGAACUCUGGAUGGAUGUCAUCGAUGUUUAAUUUGAACUCUUCUUCUAACAAAAAAUAUGAGUUCGUGACUCCACUUCAUGUGAUUUACAAACAAAAUGCAACCAAUGUAUGGCUCGGAUGGCUUAUCAUACAAUCAGAUAUUAUUCGUUUUGAUAAAUAUUGGGAUCAAAUAGUUAAUGAUAUCAGUGAUAAUCCGGUAAUUACUCCAGAAAUUGCUAUCAAGUCAAUAUCCAAGAAAAAUAGUGAACAAAAUAUUUCAACUGAUUUAUUGCCAAUUAAUUCAUUAUCAAUACUAACCAUGAAUUCGCCUUCAAAUCCUCCCAAUGAGUUGGAACCAUAUAUUUGGUUCAAGUUUUUUCAAUUUUAUUUUACAAACACACAAUCAAAUCGUUCAGUUGGAGAACUAUUCAUCAGUGAAGAUAAAGUUAAAAAGUUAGUCAACAAAUUGAAUUCAUUGGUUGAUUAUCAUCUCAAACAAUGGCUAAAAUGUGAUGCAAAUGGGAGUGCAGUUAAUGAUAUCGAUGAUAAUUUGACAAAACUAUAUCGCGCUUAUAUCUCAUGGCUGGAAGAUUCACAACUUCAUGAAGUGUUUGUCAAUAUUAAUGAACUUCCGCCACAAUAUCUUAAAGACAUACUUAAGUGUGCCAUUAGUAACACAGAAUUUAUUAGUUUCAGACAUAAAUAUUUUAGUAUCAAAGUAAUUGAAACAUCAAUCUCAGAAAUAAGUAAUUUAUGGACACAAAUACAUUCAACGUUUAAUAAAUUUGAUGUCUUUGUUGAAGACUAUUAUAAAAGUUAUGCCAUUGAAAAUGAAGAACCACUUUCGGCUCCUGAAGUUAAGAAAUCAAAUUUGGAUUCAUUUAAUAUAGAUAUUGAAACUAUAAAUAAUAGUUCAGCACUUCUUUUAUUGAUUCAACACAACGUCAGAGUUAUCUUAGAAGAGGCGAAGUUUUUUGAAAGUCUUCUCAACAAAUUCGUUGAUUUAAAUAAAAAAUUAGUGCAAUUAUUACCUGAUCUUUAUCCUAAAAUCAAAAAAGAUAUCAAAUUAACUGCAACCUGCGAUAAGGAUAAUUAUGACGCUUAUGGAUGCGCCGGACCAGCCGUUUUCAAUAUUGAAAUAACUGAAGCCAUAAUUAAUCAACACUCGGAAAAAUCAAUUGAAAGGAAUCGCAUUGACUUUGAGAACAUAAUCAUCCAAUUAAUAGAAACGCCGUCUAAUAAAGUGGUUUUAGCCUCACUUUUCAUCGAGAAAAGCAUUCCUUUACUAUUGGAUUGCUAUGACUUUCACGACAAAGAUAGUCAAAUUGAGAGAUCAUUAUUGGGUUCAUUAUUGUCAUGGAUUAAUGAUACCAAUUAUAUGUAUGCGCCAUCCAAACGAAUGUUUACUAAUUUAUUGGAAUCAUUGGAAACGAUUUCUGAACAACGAUGCGAUGAAACGAAUCAAUUUAUAUUAGAGACGGCCAUAAAUCAUCCGAAAAUGAAUGAAUACAUGACUCCAUAUUUAACGCCAUCCAAGACAUCGACCAAAUGCUUCCUCGAUAUGUAUAAAAUGAUUGAUCAAAAAUUAUUAACAACACCACCACAGGUGUCAUUUGUCCUCCUAAGCAAAUUUGAUGUCUCGCUCUGGUUUAGAAAUGCAUCUCCAGAACAGCGUUUAUCACUUAUUCAAGUGGUAGGCAAUGCUAUCAAUAAAUUUGGACACAAUCCUAAAGAUGAAUAUCUUAUGAUAUUAGAGUUAUAUAGAAAACAUUGGAAAUGGAUGUGCGAGUGGUCGCCACUAUUUUAAUUUUAUGGGAAUAUUAUAUAUUUUUAUACAU